ACCCGGUACUUUUGAGAAAGUGGCAACAUUUAAUCGUUUUAUGUAUGAAGAAGUACAUCUUGACCAAUCUUGACAAUACUUCCUUGUAAGUGGAAGCGCUGUCACAAACUUUCUGGAUCAUUUUGUUCUCUGAUGAUAUAGGGUUAAGUAGAUCGAAGAACGUGCACUUCUAGAAAUACAUUUCCUUUUUAGGAAGUACAUAUUAUACACACAUAUAUAUAUAUAUAUAUUAAAAUAAAGAGUGCACAUAUACACAAAGAAAAGAUGUCAGGAACAUUUCUAGUACUUCGUGGACAAAGAUCAACAUAUAGCUGGCUUCGCCAGUAUCGUGCAGCAUAUUUAUAUAAAAAUGUGAUUAGAGACUUGCAUAUACAUACUGUGGCGCAAUACUGUGUUUCUGUGAAAGAUAAAGACAAACAUUUAUCUCAGAUAAAGAAUUUUGAAUACGAAAAUGUGGAAACUAAAUCUUUACAUACAAAUAUUACAACGGAAAAGUUAAUAGAGCAAAACUUCGAUGAAUUUGGAAGAAAGUAUGAUAAAUCUCAGAGAAUUAAUAAAGAAAUUUUGCUCCAAAAACGAAUGGAACGUUUAUAUGCAGAUCCAAAAUCUUCUUUAAUAUCUAUUUAUUCAAUAGUGGGUCAUGACUUAAAAGACCAACAAAUUUUAACCUCAAAGAUUAAGAGCAUUACUAUAAAUAGAUCUAAACAAUGGGAAGUUACUAUCAAUGUCAAAUGGCCAGAAGUUAUGUCUUUUAAAGAAACUGGUAAAACUAAAACACUCACUUUCAAAAAUGUAGCUUGGAAGUGUUUACAGUGGCUAGAAAUAAAUGGCAAAUUAAAAAACGGCAAACCACGUAUCUAUAAUGAAGAAGAAGUGAGGAAUAUGCAAUUUAAGCCUGUUGAAUUAAAUGUUGCUCCUGAAAUUUUAAACAAUAUGACACAAUUAAUCAAGACUUACAAUACGGAAAUACAGAGUAUGACAUUGAAAAAUACUGUAAAUUCUGAUAAUUUAUUGCAUCAGUCUACAUUGACUCAUCAUCCAAUACUUGAAGACAAUGGUUACUCAAAUAUUCUCCUUCGAAAUAAAACUUUGAGGGAUAGAUUAUUGGAAAGAUGUAACAAUGACACUGUUACUUUACCAAUUCACGAGUUUAAAGAUGAAAUUCUUUCUCUGUUGGAAAACCAUCGAGUCCUAUUAAUAGAGGGUGAUACAGGUUGUGGCAAAACUACACAAGUACCUCAAUUUAUAUUAGAUGCUUUCGCAAAAAAUGGUAAUGCUACAGAUUGCAACAUAUUGAUAUCUCAACCUCGUAGAAUCUCGGCGAUCUCUUUGGCAGAUCGCAUCGCGUACGAAAGAAAAGAACACGUGGGAGACGUUGUCGGUUUUCACGUGAGACUAGAACAAGCAUUGCCGAAGGAACUUGGUGCGAUAGUUUUUUGUACUACUGGUAUGCUACUGAGAAAAUUGCAGAUCAAUCCUGAUUUAAAAGGGUGCUCGCAUAUCAUUUUGGACGAGGCGCAUGAACGCCAGAUUGAUACCGACAUGCUAAUGAUUCUACUUAAGAGAGCCAUACAGAAAAAUCCUACUUUAAAAGUACUGAUAAUGUCGGCGACUAUAAAUACGCACAUAUUUCAACAGUAUUUCGAUUGUCCCACUAUACGAGUACCUGGUAGACUGUUUGCCGUAAAAAUGCAUUUUUUGGAAGAUAUCGAUCAUUUACCAAAUAUCGAGAGAUACAGAACAUAUGUAGCCAAAGGUCGUUAUGAUGAUGAAGUCGAAAAACUUUCAAUUAAUUUUGGAAAAAUAGUACAGGUCAUAAAAUGGAUUUCGUCGCAUAAGCCGCCCGGUGCUAUUUUAUGCUUCUUACCAGGUUGGAAUGAAAUCAUGAGGGUGCAAAGUAUGCUUGAGGAUACAUCGUGCUAUAACGAAAAACAUUUGAUUUUGCCGAUGCAUUCCAAAGUGUCACACAACGAGCAGCGGAAAAUCUUUGAACAUACACCGAAGGAUGUACGGAAAAUUAUCUUGGCUACGGAUAUUGCUGAAACAGGCAUUACAGUUAGUGAUGUGGUUUACGUUGUAGAUUCUGCCUUACGAAAAGAAUCUCAUUGGGACGAUAUCAAAGAUAUAUUUAGUAUAAAGAAUUGUUGGAUCUCUCGAGCAAACAUUCAGCAAAGGAAAGGGAGAGCUGGACGAGUCAAACCUGGUGAAAGUUAUCACUUAAUCUCAAAAAAAGAAUAUGAGAAAUUACAGCCGUAUCCAGUACCGCAAUUAUUAUGCAAUCCAUUGGAAAAAGUAAUUCUUGACAGUAAAACAUACACGGACGAAAAGGCGCAAGCAUUUCUGAGUGGAUUUCUGGAACCACCUACUCCAACUGCAAUACAAAAGGCGGUGAGAUCUUUAAUAAAUCUUGGAGUUAUGGAUGCCGAAGAGAAUCUUACGGCUCUAGGUAAACGAAUGGCACUAUUUCCAACGCAUCCUAAAUUCAGUAAAGCCAUGGUAUAUUCUUCUGUCUUCGACUGCUUACAUCCUGUGAUAACGAUAGCCAGUAUUUUUUCUGGUGAAGAUAAUCUUUUUCACAAUAUACUGAAUGAGAAAUCUCAAAUUAGAGAAAAUAAAAGAAUGUACCAUCCAUCUAGCGAUCAUGUUGCAAUGGCAUGGAUAUUUAAGCAAUGGUCUCACUUUAAUGAAACAAGUCCGCAUUUAAUAAGAAAAUUUUGUAGAGACAUGAUGAUCAGGCCACUCAGAAUACAAAUACUGAGUCAAAUACGAAAUACGUUUAUCCAACAGUUGAUUCAAUGUAAAAUGUUAAGCAAAGCUUUAUUGCAUGAUUAUGAUUGCAAUAAAUCUGAUAUAGCAAACAAAUAUGAAUGUAAUGACGAGUUAGUGCGAGCUGUAUUAUAUUCUGCUACGCAGCAAUUGAUAGAACAUAAAGAUGUGGGAUUUAAGAAUGGAAUCCUAAGGAAAGGCGUUAACGAACUUCGAACACAAGGUCGUGCCAAGGCUGUAAUUUCGGGAGAAAGUGUUAAUUAUAAGCGGAAAAAUUGGCCGAGUUCUUUCUUCACGUAUUUUAAUGCUGCGCACUGCAAUGUAAGACGUAGUAUAGUAAUUCGUGAAACAAGUAUGAUAUCACCUUUAACAGUGUUACUUUUCAACCAAAAAGAAGUUCAAUGUUAUGAGCUGGACGAUAACAGGAUAAAACUUACAAUUAAUGUUAAUGCGCAACAAACUGUAAGAUUUGUUUGUAAUAAAGAAACUGCUAAUGUGCUCUUACAAUUUAGAAAUGUUAUGUGGUCUCUAGUGCAGUACUUAUUGGAGACACAAGGAUUUGUCAAUCAUAGAAAUGAUCUUAAUUUAAAAGAAAUAUUAGAGUACAAAGAGAAAGUAUUUGAAACUCUUGUGGAAACCCUGAAAAUGUCGUCUAAAUCUAUAGAAAAUACAGAAAAAGUUGAAACUCUUUAG